GUGACAGUUACGGAAGUUGGAACGUACCUGUCAAAAGCUAGCCAGCAAGAUAAGCAUUUUAUCUACCCUCACUGACUGUUAAUAUUGCAGUUACCGUAGUAAUGGUUUAACAGACAUACAUAAUGGGAUCAUCAGCAAAACAUUUUGCUCUGAAGCCGUCGAAGACGCUGCUUAUUUUACCCUGUCUGUUUACAUUUCUUCUCGUAGGAAGCCAAGGAGAGAACACUGCCAUGGACAAUGUCGCUACUGAAAGAAUGGCUGAAGAAAGCCAUAGACAAGACAGUGCCUAUCUACUUAUAUACAUAAUGCUCUUAACACUGACCAUUUUAACCAUAUGGCUGUUUAAACACCGUCGAUUCAGGUUUUUACAUGAAACGGGACUGGCCAUGAUAUAUGGUUUGCUGGCUGGGGUCAUUCUCCGCUUCGGAGUGCACGUACCCCAAAACCUGAACAACGUGACUAUGAGCUGCAGUGUGAACGCCAGCCCCGCGACUCUGCUGGUGAACGCCAGCGGACGCUUCUACGAGUACACCUUAAAGGGAGAGGUCAGCAGGGGCAAAAGUCAUCAAGUCCAGGAUGAUGAGAUGCUGAGGAAGCUGACAUUUGACCCGGAAGUGUUUUUCAAUAUCUUGUUGCCUCCAAUCAUCUUCCAUGCUGGCUAUAGUUUGAAAAGGAGGCACUUCUUCCGGAACAUUGGCUCCAUCCUGACCUAUGCCUUCAUGGGAACAGUCAUAUCAUGCUUCGUCAUCGGGCUCCUGAUGUAUGGCUGUGUGUCGUUCAUGAAGGCCGUCGGCCAGCUGAGAGGAGACUUCUUCUUCACUGACUGCCUCUUCUUUGGUGCCAUAGUGUCUGCCACAGACCCAGUCACAGUGCUGGCCAUUUUCAACGAGCUAAGGGUGGAUGUGGACCUGUACGCCCUUCUGUUUGGAGAGAGUGUCCUCAAUGACGCUGUGGCUAUCAUCCUUUCCUCGUCUAUCGGGGCCUACCAGCCCACAGGGGACAACAGCCACAGCUUCCAGGCGUCUGCCAUGGGCAAGUCCUUUGGUGUGUUUCUGGUCGUCUUCAGCGGGUCCUUGGCUCUGGGAGUGGCCACUGGGGUCAUGACUGCACUCGUGACCAAGUUCACCAAGCUGAGAGACUUCCCCCUUUUGGAGACGGCCCUCUUCUUCCUCAUGUCCUGGAGCACCUUCCUGCUGGCUGAGGCCUGCGGCUUCACUGGGGUGGUGUCUGUGCUCUUCUGUGGGAUCACUCAGGCUCACUACACCUACAACAACCUCUCCCCAGAGUCCCAGGAAAGAACUAAACAGCUGUUUGAGGUGCUCAACUUCCUGGCGGAGAACUUCAUCUUCUCCUACAUGGGUCUGACGCUCUUCUCCUUCCAGUCUCACGUCUUCAACCCCAUGUUCAUCAUCGGAGCCUUCAUAGCAGUAUUCCUGGGGAGGGCAGCCAACAUCUACCCCCUGUCCUUCCUGCUCAACCUAGGGCGUAAGAACAAGAUCAGCUACAACUUCCAGCAUGUCAUGAUGUUUGCAGGUCUGCGCGGAGCCAUGACCUUUGCCCUCUCCAUCCGUGACACGGCCAGCUACGCGCGUCAGAUGAUGUUUUCCACCACCCUGCUCAUCGUGUUCUUCACCGUGUGGCUGUGUGGAGGAGGCACCACCCCUAUGCUGUCCUUCAUGAGCAUCCGAGUGGGCGUCAACUCGGAUCAAGACAGCUCUGUGACUGUCCUGGAUGACACUCAGCACAGCAGCACCAAACAUGAGAGUGCCUGGCCCUUCAGGAUCUGGUACAACUUCGACCGCAACUACCUAAAGCCUCUGCUGACCCACAGUGGCCCCCCCCUUACUGCCGUCCUGCCGGCCUGCUGUGGACCCCUGGCACACUGCCUCACCAGUACACAGGCCUACGAGAACGACGGCCGUCUGCACGAGGACGACGCCGAGCUGAUAGAGGAGCAGGGCUCCAUGUACGCUGACGUCACCGUCAGCACCGACGCCAGCGGGCGCACCAGCACUCUCCGCAAACUCCCCUCCUCCGGGGGCGGGGGCCUGGACGAGGGGGUGGAGGAGGGGCUGGGGGUGGGGCAUGAACUGGUCAUCAGAGGAACACGUCUGGUCCUGCCCAUGGAAGACCCUCCUGAAGCCCCUGUCCGCCUCCUGCCGCCUCCCUCCCCUCCCCACUCUGACCAACGCUGGCAUAGACUGUGAGAACCCCCUGGUCUGGCUCUCUGUCUCUUCUCUCCACUUCCUGGUUCACAACCAGGGCUUCAUGGGAUUGGUAGUGAGAAGCUUAUCGGUAUGCAAACACCUAUGGUCCUGAGAUUCAGUUAAAGCUAACGUGGUUCUUAGGUGGACCUAACCCUAACCCACACCUUCCCUAACGUCAACCACACCUUCUCUGAUACGAACCUAAACCCCACCCUCCCUAUCCUCAACUAUACCCUCCCUGGUUGUAACCUCAACUCCACCGUCCUUAACCUUAACCCCACUCUCCCUGCUCCUAACCAUAAUUCCACCUUCCUUAACCUUAACCUCAUGCAUGCACGCAUCCUCCCUAACCUCAACCCCACUGUCCCUAGUCUUAACCUUAACCACACCCUCCUUAACCUCUCCCCCGUCCUCCCUUGUCCUACCUUCAACGACUCCCUCCAUGGAGCUAGAAAUCUACGCUAGGUGACACUCUUCCAUCUGAGUGACACCAUCUUGCCUCUGCUCUGCACAGACCUUCUCAGCCAUUUUUUUGUUAUUACAUCUUAUUUAAAAAGAUAAUAUAUUUAUUUAUUCAAAGUAUUUUUAUUUUCUUGUGUUACUGUUAUGACACCUUUUAUUCAUUUAUUUACGUAAACUUUUACUAGGGGAACCAGUCACAUGUUCCUCGUUCUCGCUCUCUAGAAUCAAUAUAUGAUAUAGAUGUAUUUGAUGUAUACAACCUGGAUUAGCCUAUGCCCAGGCUACACCCAAGCUACGCCCAAGUUAUGCCCAGGCUGUACUACUCAGCUACCCCCAGUUUGUUUGUAACCAGAACAAGGGUGAUGUAUUGAGGGCUGUCUACUGUUUGAACAAGUGCCUAAUGAUACUGAUUUGUACAUAUAAGUGGAUAGUGUGCAGUAAAUUGUAGACUGUCAGUGUAACAGGAUGAAACAAAGGUUGUUGUUUUUUUACAAUGAAGACCUUGUUGUUACCAUGGUGAAUAGUGUGUUGUGUGCUGUAAACAUGUUGUUGUUCACUCAGCAGCUCAAUUCAACAUGCUGUUCUGCGUUGCUAUGUGUUUCUGCGUUCUUCUUCCGGCACUUUCUCUGACCACCAGAGGUCUCUGCAGAUCAGGAUCUGCCGUUGAGAACUUCAAUCAAUCUAUAAAGGAACUCAACACUGCACCCUAAAUGUUUGUUAAUCCCUGACUAGGCUUUUUAUUCCCUGACUAAGCUUGUUAACCCCUGACUAGAUUUGAUCUGUUUUGAGGACACCUGCCCAUAGAUCCUUUGCACUUUUUGGGCCAGAUUAUUUGACUUUUGCUUUUUCAUACCUAUUUUUACAUACCUUAUUUAAAAAAAAUCUGAAGAAGAAUAAAAACAAAAUGCUACAUACAACAAAAGCCAUGAGCUGUUUAACAUGGUAUGAGCAUGGUUGUAUAGUUACCGGUUAAAAUGCAGAGUUCACAGUAGUUCAGAUGUUAACCCUAAUCCAGCACUGCAUUGGUUACGGAAUCCACCUGUGUCAUUACUGUGUUUGCCUGUCCGGUUGUAACAGUGCUUAUUGUUUAUUUGUGAAUACAAAGAUGUGAACAGCAGCUAGGAGUUUCAAACAGGAUGUUGUGAUGGGCAGUAAGGGUUUUUCUUACUGUAUACUCUGUAGUAGAGAUAGAGAUGUUUGCUGGAGAAUAAAACAUAUAUAUUC